UAUGCUGUUCAGCGGGGGCCACCUCAGUGCUGCCAUCCCUGCCUGAUAGUCACAAAGCUUCUACAAGCAGCGCAACCGACUGUGUCGUGCUCGUCUUUCAGGGUACACAUAAAGAGUGAUCCAUCAAGGGCAUUGGCAUCUUGGGGCAACCAGUCCAUUCCUGUAUGCCAGUGGCGCGGCGUGGCGUGCGGCCUGAGGGGCCUGCACCAUGGCCGGGUCGUAGCACUGGAUCUCCCUGGGCUCAACCUUCUUGGCACCAUCACGCCUAAACUCGGUAACCUUACCUACUUGAGACGGCUCCAUUUGCCACAAAAUCGCUUGUUUGGUACCCUGCCACCAGAACUCAGUGACCUUCUUAAUCUUCGGCAUCUAGAUAUCAGUGAGAACUCCAUUGGAGGGCAGAUUCCACCGUCACUAGCUAACUGCAGGCUCCUCGAGACAAUGGAGCUCCACAGCAACAGGUUGCAACUGGAGAUACCACACCAACUCGGCUCCCUGAAAAAUCUCCAGGUACUGAGACUUGGCUAUAACACUCUCAUAGGAAGCAUUCCUUCGACGAUCGGCAAUCUCGUGAAUCUUGAACUUCUUGAUGUUGGAGCAAACAACCUCACAGGACAGAUACCGUUAGAGAUCGGUAAACUCAGAGGCCUUCAAUGGCUGAAUCUAAAAUUAAAUCAAUUCGUGGGCUCCAUUCCUAGUACAGUUGGAAACCUCUCGGCAUUGACCCAUCUAAACAUGUUUUCAAACAAACUAACAGGAGGCUUCCCACCAUUGCAAAGCCUCUUAUCUCUCAAUUACCUUGUACUGGGAGAGAACAACCUCACAGGAAUAGUCCCUUCUUGGCUGGGAAACCUCUCCUCACUAAAGAUAAUAGAUAUUCAGAGAAAUAGUUUAGUCGGGCACAUCCUAGAAUCACUAGAAAACCUCAAGUUGCUCACAAUGCUUUCUCUCUCAUUCAACAAACUUGUAAGAUGCAUACCGAAUUCCCUUGGAAACCUCCAUACCCUCAUUGAAGUUGAUAUAGACAACAAUGAAUUAGAAGGCUCUGUUGCCCCUUCAGUAUUUAACAUCUCCUCCCUUGAAAUUUUCAACGUACAGUCCAACCACCUAAAUGGUUCUUUUCCACAUGACUUGGGCAGCAAGCUCCCAAAACUUGAACUAUUUCUAGUUGAUGAUAAUCGAUUUCAUGGUGAGAUCCCACCAGCAUUAUGCAAUAACUCUGCGAUUCAGUGUAUUCAAAUGUGUCAAAACUUCUUAUCAGGGAUGAUUCCCCAUUGUUUUGGAAUUCAACAGAAAAAUUUGUUGGUGCUGAACUUGGCACAGAACCAACUUGAAGGUACAAAUAAUUCUGAUUCGAGUUUCUUGUCAAGUCUUACCAACUGUAGUCAUUUGAAGUUGUUAGAUGUGAGUCGAAACAAGCUAAAUGGUCAGCUACCAGAUCUGAUAGGCAAUCUUUCCAGGAAUCUGUUUUAUCUUAAUGUAGAGAUGAACCGUAUGGAAAGAUACCAGAAAGCAUUGGGAACUUGAUUGGCUUGAACGCGCUUGGCAUGGACAGUAAUCUCUUUGAAACAAAUAUUCCAUUAUCAAUUGGCAAUCUCAAGAAGUUGAAUGUACUAGCACUAUCUGAUAACAAACUGUAAGGUUCGAUCCCAGUAACUCUUGGCAAUUUAACAGUGCUUUCGAGACUUGGUCUGGAUGGCAAUGCCCUCAGUGGAGCCAUACCUUCAAGUCUAAGCUGUUGUCCUUUAGAAAUCUUGUACCUUUCACACAACAGACUCACUGGUC